AUGCCUGUUAAAUCUACUCGUACUGCAAAAAGACAAACCCCUCUCUCGUCCCAAGCUACAUCUGGUAUUGAGACGCGAGCGGUAGAAUCUUCUCAACCAACGGAACCGAACUACAGUGAAAUGUCUGCAUCUGACUUCAUUAGCUCUAUUGCUGAACGGAACAAAGACCCUGUUAUAGGCAAAAUGUUGGUAGUACCUGCUGAAACAGUUAAAACGGAUUUUGUCGAACAGUUGGAAGCGGACAAACGGUCUCGUAGCAUAGUGAUAAGUGGUCUGCCUGAGUCUGGGGGUUUCUCGUCCUCCUCUGAGAUGCUGGACGACCUUGAGGAGUCAAAGACAAAGACAACGAGAUUUUGCUCGCGCUUAAUGUAA